CAUCAAUACAGUCGACUUGAACAUUUUUGAAACGUUUUUUAAAUUGGUAUAUUUUAAAAUUUAACAACCAUAAUUGUGAUUCCUGACCAAAAUGUACAAGCGGAAUGAGUCGGAUUCUUUUGUGCCCAUGUCCAUUAAGAAAUUAGUCGAGGAAUGUCGAAGUUUCAAGGAUAUAAGUUCGUUGAGCAUUACCGAGACCGAAAUUAUGGGAUCAUUGGCCUCCAUAGAACCAUAUUGCAAACAUCUUUCGCAACUGACAGUCCAAGUAAAAGACAAUCAUGACAUCGAAGAGUACGAAGCAGUGACCGACUGGCCCAAUCUAAAAACUUUCACCUUACUAGGACGGCAUGAGCCGGGCAGUUUGGAGCCUUUUUUAAAGAAUGCAGCUAGGAAUGGCUUCCUUGCACACCUGCAUCUCGACACCGCGGAACUUGAUGUGGAUGAGGUGGCUGCACUGACCUCGAUCAACUCCUUGAAGUCACUGAAAUGCGGUUUCAGCGAUCACCAGUCCAUCGGACUCCUAUCCAAAAUGGCCAGUCUGAAUACGGUGAUUAUAACCACCGAGCUGAAUACCGAAAUUACGAAGCAUGUGGCUAUAAUCUUCAAGAAUGCCAAAGGUGAUAUGAUGGUACAGUUAAAACAGAGGGGAUUUCAGUUCCGUAUGGAACGGCAGACCCAACUAUUCGUUGUUUACCUACCCCAACACGAUCCUGUUGAUAUGACCGUGCUGGCUCCCCUUUCGGAACUCUACGAAAUAAGAUACCUCACCAUACGAGGACCCCAUCAGAGUGGCUCGCUGGCGGAUCUUUUUCGCGGUUUCGGGGCUGCUAAUUCGUCCAAAUUGCAGGAGGUGGUAAUAUACAGUGAUAUAUUCUUAACUGGCAAAGAAACCGCCGCCGUUGCUUCCAUUAAAUCCUUGAAAGUGCUGGAAUGUGGAUUCGUAAAGCCACUGAAUACCGAACAGCUCUCGAAUCCUACCGCACUGCGGGAACUCUGCAUUGUAAACUUACCCAAGGGCUCUAUGAAGGACCUCUUUGCAGCCCUGGCCUCCAAAAAGGAGCCCACACUUCAGUACUUUAUUUUAACCGAUGGCAUGCUGCAUUGCGAGGAAACCGAAGAGCUGGUGAACAUAAAGUCCCUUAAGUAUCUGGUAUGCAGAUUUCAAGAUGUUGGGGCCCUCGAGCGGAUCGGAGAGCUUCCCCGUUUGGAAUUUGCCUACAUCACUGUGAGGCAGAGGAAUUACCAGUCCACCGAGCUGUCGAAAAAUCUUCUACGGUUUCUCGUACACUGCCAAAAAGAAGGACAGGUCAAAUUUCGUGGCUGCUGUGUGACAUAUAGUCAACUCGAAGGCCUUGUCAUUGUGGUCUUUAAAAAUAAGGAAUCUGACGCGGAUUUGUGCGCUCUGCUGGGAUGGUUGGGUAAAAUUAAACAUCUCCGGAUAAGCGGCCGUCCUGCCGUUGGUAAUCUUAAAGCCCUCCUUGAAGGCGUACUCCUUCACAAUAAAUUGGAGCUUUUGCUGAUAUCCAGGCUCAAGCCCCAUGAGAUUCCAGUUGUGGCCCAGAUGGAAUCCCUUACAAAAAUUACAGUUGGAUUUCUCCAACGCUCGAAAGUAGAGCUCCUCGCACGUUUGCCCCACCUGAAAUGGCUUUGCAUCACUGUACAUCUGCCGGGAUCGUUGGAAUGCCUAUUCUAUGACUUAGCGGAACGGGUGCCGACCUCUAAGCUCGAAACCCUGACUAUUCUGGAGGUUUAUCUAAAGCCCGAAGAGUUGGCAGAAGUGUCCAGAAUCCGCUCCCUGCGACGGUUUAGGUGUGGCCUUGUGGAUCCCUAUAAUGAAUGGUCCCUAACGGAACUGAGCGUCUACUCUCUGCUGGAGGAGUUGUACAUUCAAUCGUAUCAAAGUGGUUCCCUGGUGGAGUUAUUCAGGGCCAUCAAGCCCAUGAGUUACUUCCAUCGCCUGAUCGUUCGGGGUUGCCGUUUGACCACCAGGGAAGUGAAAGCUAUCAAGGGUAUACGAACGCUGAGGACACUUCAAUGCAGCCUAGAUAAUGCCAGGGAUAUAGGAUUCCUGGAACGUCUGCCAUUGCUGGAGGAGCUAGUCAUCGAAUCAAUUGGCAUAAUCCAUCGAAAUCCGUUGGCAAUAUUGGCCAACAAGGAACGACAAACCCUCAAGAAGCUGGUGAUCAAGAACAGAUCCUUGGGAUCUAACGAUUUUAAGAGCUUGGCUUUGAUGUCGAGUCUGAGAACCCUCGAUAUCAUAAUUCACAAUGCAAGUGAUAUCGAGUGCUUGGCCCUUUUAAAUUUGAGCGAAUUGAAACUGAACUGCCCUCAAGAAAUUAAUAUCACAGCUCUCCUCGUGGCUUUGAGCGACAAAGAUCCGCAUGUGCUCUGCUCCUUUGAGCUAAUUAACAACGUCUUGGCAGAGAAGCCCACUAAACUUCUCCUGCAAGUAAAGUCUUUAAGAGUUUUGAAAAUUGGUUUCAGCGAUCUCGAGAGCCUUGACCUGCUUUCCCAACAAACUGAGCUUGAAGUGCUGGAAAUUAAAAAUAAAACUUUCCGAGUCAAUCAUAUUAUAAAGAUCCUAAAAAACUGCCGAAAGCUGCGGGAAAUCCAUUUCCUAGAACGUAAUGAAAAAAUAAACACUGGGUUUAUAAGCCAGUGCAUGGAUACUUUGAAGACUGUUCGAAAUCCCAGGGAUCAGCCAGCUUUGCAGAUGUAUUUUGACAGCCUGUAUUGCAUUUCUGUUGAACAGCAAUACAGCGUUGAUGAAUCCAUCUUGGCCAUUAAAAUUAAAACGCGUCCACCCAUUGAUGAUUUCAAUGACGAAAUUUUCCUUGAACCAUCAGAAGACACUUCCGAUAGCGAUGAGCCCAAACAUUUCGUUCGAAAUCCGGAAAAAGUGCCAGAAGAGUCAGAGUCCGAUAGCACAGAAACGACUGAUUUUGAUGAUUAAUUAAUUUUACACAGUACAUAGACAUAUAUUUA